GCGUAUUUUCCGACAGGUUCGAUAGACUUUUAGCUUUAUGGUUAAUAAGAUAAUAAUCCAAUAAAACAGCAGAGCUUUGAAAACGCGCCUUAAUUACAAUAAACAUUUAUAAAGGCUACAUCCGACUGUGUGUACACUGUGCUGUAGUGAAGACUCAGACUGGGUGUGUGUGUGUAGGGAAUGAGUGAUGACGUCAGUGGUGUUGGUCGACACUGGAGGAGCCGUACUGGAGUACAUCACUGCAGUGGAGGAUCUACAUCAGGAAGAGGGUGUGUGUGAGGUUGAGGAGGUGGGGGAUGUGUGUGAAGUAGAGAGAGUGUAUGAUCAGGAGGAGGAGGAGGCAUGCUCGCCUGCACAGGUGUAUGUGUACGAUGAGAACACGGAACUGAUGCAGGGUGUCGCUGAGGAACAGGAAGUGGAGACAGAAGUAGUGGAAACAGUGGAAGCAUCAGUACAUGGAGGCUCCAGUGUUCACUGCACUGAUAAAACAAUUGAAGCAGCAGAAGCUCUUUUACGCAUGGACUCGCCAUCUAGCUUACGGGGAGACCGCAGUCCAGAGGUGUUUGUCCCUCCAUGCUUGUCCACUCCGGAGUUCCUCCAUGCUGCUAUGCGUCCUGAUGUUGUCACGGAAACAGUGGUGGAGGUCAGCACAGAGGAGGCAGAGCCUGUGGAGGUGGUGACCUUAAUCAAAGAGCCAAGAGUGAUGGAGAGAGAUGGCAGGAAGAAGAAAACUGGAAGGAAGCCAAAUAAGCCACACCCCAUCCCCAAUGGCUCUCCAGAUCUAGGCAUCAAGAAGAAAUCAAGAGAGGGAAAAGGCAGUACAUACCUCUGGGAGUUCCUGUUGGACCUGCUACAGGAUAAGAACACCUGUCCCAGGUACAUUAAGUGGACUCAGAGGGAGAAAGGCAUCUUCAAGCUGGUGGACUCUAAAGCCGUGUCCAAAUUGUGGGGCAAACAUAAGAACAAACCCGACAUGAACUACGAGACCAUGGGACGUGCCCUCAGGUACUACUAUCAGAGGGGGAUCCUAUCAAAGGUCGAAGGUCAGAGGUUAGUGUACCAGUUUAAGGAAAUGCCUAAGGACAUUGUUGUCAUUGAUGACGACAAGUGUGACGCAGAUGAUCUGGGUGGGGCUUAUGAGCAUGUCAUGGCCACCGACCUCUCAAAAACGUCGGGUAUUCUGAGAGGGGCGGGGCAGGUUAUAAGUCCUGUCUCUCCCAAAGCCAAGCCCUCACCCGCUGUCACACCCAUCCAACGCAUAGUGACUGUUUCCACGCCAACGGAGCCACCGCAUGCCACAAUUAUUCCCAACACCAGUGCACCCAGGACUGUCCGAGUUGCUAUGCAAGUCCCUGUUGUCAUGACGACACCCCUGGGUCAGAAGAUCGCACCAGUUGCCAUCCCAACGGCGACCUCUCCCCCCUCCAGCGUUACUACAGCAACUGGCGCCUCUAGUCCAAAGGUUCUGAUCCAGACGGUUCCGGCAGUGGAGAACAACGAUAAGAUCACGCUACAGCUCGCCAAGAUCAUCACCAUCACACCCAUUACUCUUGCCCUGCCCCCUGGCACAGGCCCCGCCCACUCCAACCCCACCACUCAGCUUCCUGUGCAGAUACAUGUUCAGUCUGACGGUCACACGACACACACAGAGCCCACCCAACAGGAAGUGGAGGGGCACACACAGGAAGUCACUCCUCACACACACAGCUAAAGGGGAGACAGUACGUCUGUCUGUCUCUCACAUCCACACCCCAAAACCAGGAAGUGGAAAUAGCACAAAGACAUGGAGCUUUUAAAAAAAAAAAAAGACUGUCGUGGAACAACACACAGCGGUCAGUGAGACUGUUGAAGGGACCAGUGAGAGACCGCAGCUCCCUGUGAAGAGCACUACAGACAAAAACACUACACCGGACAUACUGACUGUACACACAGAGGAGUAUGUGUGUGUGUAUACACUCACACACUUUUAUACCUGUACAGAGAGUUAUUACUUUUUUUUUUUCUGCAUUUGUGAUGCAAAGCCAGCAUUUAAGUUUGGACUGUCACUGUGAUAACGUCACAGGAUGGACGGG